GUAAAACCCUCAACUACGUGAACCGUGCCAAUUCAACCUGAGGCAGUUACCGUGGGUACAUACAACCCUCCUUAACGAUGGCUACUGUAAAAUCUCAAUCUACGAUAAGUGACUGAGGCACCUGAUUACACAUCUAGAAUAUCAAAGGGGGGCGAUAAUUCCCCACAACCCAUAGGAGAUCCUCCAGCUACCUAUAUACAAAAAUAUUUUGUGACCCGCCAGUGAAGCAUCCAAGAGAUGCAUCUAGGUUAGAAUACCUAUCCCGUCUAAUGCCACCGAACCCAAAUCACCAUCACAAAUUCUCUCGAGAAAGAGCCCCCUUCCAUCGCCCUCCUAGUAUGUCUUUCCUAUCCCCAUCCCCAUCCCCAGACCCCCACUCAACCACCACCACCUUCCUCCUCUCCGCCCGCUUCCGCCCUCGACCCCCUCGUCUACGCGCAGCAGUACGCCCCCCCCAGACCCUCCCCCGCAUGGCAUGGCACCAACUCCGCGACCGACUAUCAACAUCCCUAAUCGUCGUCUGCGAGGCGGGCGCGGACUGGCUGACGGACGACGGGGUGCGGUGUGGCCGGGGGGAGUGGAUCGCGACGUACGAGGAGUUUUGCAGGGUGCUGGAGGAGCAGGGGUUAGAGUGUGUGGUGCUGCCGUGUGACUUGGAUACCACGAGUACACGAGUUGCGUUUGUGCUGAAGCAUUGGAUGAGGAGGCGGAAAGACGGCUUAUGA